CAUCUCUCGUCACGGCGCGCGGCGGGCAGCAAGGCAGGUAAAUUCAUGAUUAGGUCACCUUAUCAGUGACAAUUACACAGCGAACGAAAAUACAACGGAAUGAUUCACAAAAAAGUAAAGUUUGUAGGGGCGCGCAGAGCGUGUGGAGCGGUGAUGCUGGCGGGGGCGCGCGUGAGCAGCGUGUGGGCCGUGCUGGCCGUGGCCGCCGUGGCCGCCGCCGCCGUGGCCGCGCGCCAGCUGGCGGACACAAGCCAGGGCCAGGACCUCCCACGUUGUAUAGAUCGCGACACAGGUGAGCUGACCAAGCAGUCCGGACGCGUGAAGAAGGCGCGCGCGAAGGUGGGGGCGAAGGCGCACCUGCAGCACCCGCACGCGGUGCUGUUCGCCAGCGCGUGCGGCGCCACCGUGCUGUCCCCCACCUGGCUGAUCACCUCCGCUCACUGUACGUUGUUCAUGAAAGGCAGCACGGUCAUAGCGGGCACGGGCCGCCAGGACGACGGCAGCGGCCACCGCGCCGAGAUCAAGCGCCUCGUGGUGCACCCGCGCUUCACCAUCGGGCCCUACUGGCUCAGCCCCACAAGCUACAACAUCAAACAGGUGGCAGCGCGGUACGACUUCAUGCUGGUGGAGCUGGAGGAGCCGCUGCCGCUGGACAAGAAAAACAUCCGCGCGGCCUCGCUGGCGGCCCCGAGCGCGCGCUCCGGCCGGAACGUGGGCUACGGCGGCUACGGGGCCAAGUUUCACGGAGGCGUGCUCCAGCGCUCGAUGCACGCGGCGGAGCUGCGCACGGUGAAGGACGCGACGUGCGCGCGGAAGCUGGAGCAGUUCGACCGCGCCGACAUGCUCUGCGCGAAGGGACGCCCGCCAAGAUUAGACUCCGCUUGCAAUGGUGACAGCGGCAGCGGGCUGGUGGACGACAGCGGGCGGCUGCUGGGCGUGGUGUCGUGGGUGGAGGGCGACGCCACCUCCUGCUUCCCCGGCGCAAUCGUCGUGUUCGCACGCGUCUCCGCCGCCCGGGACUGGAUCAGGGAGGUCACCGGCCUCUAGCUCGCACCUCUAGUGCCUGCCUACUGAUAGCUUUUGACUAAGCUGUGAUUAUAUAUUUAUCCAAAAAGUACAGUCUGCCACAAAGACAUUUGAACCCUCCUGAUUUAGGUAAUUUUAAUGACAUACACAAAAGUAUGAGCAGUUAUCAAAACAAGUUUCAUACUUGUAUGGGUCAGAUCAGAUAUCGGCGUGGAAGACUAUACCUCUAUAUAAUUAUGUAUGUAUUGAUAAGGUUAAGUGCGUUAAAUUAAAUACAUUUUACCAAAAUA